ACAAAACGAAAUCCUCAAUAGGAAAAGAACCUCCUUGGUGCCGACAGUCCAAGAUCCCGGAAUAGAGCUUCUUCACACUCAUUUGUUACCGAAACAAACACAAAACGAAAGAAACACUGUAACCAUGCCUUCGAAGAUCACUCGCUCGCUUUCCAAAAAGCUCAACAAACUCUUGUUGGCAUCGUCCACUGCGACGGACUCCCCCGCGUUCGACCACCAGAGCGGCGAGGCUUGUACAAAGGAACUUCCGGUUCGCUGUUCGGAAGAACCAAAGGAGGCACCCAUGGUCUCGGACACCAGCUCCGACGAGAGCUCCAGCUCGGAAGACGAGGGCGAUGGCGUUGCCAAGUACGGAUACGGAACCGCGGUUCACACCGAGCAGGUUGCCGCCGCCCUCCUCAACGCCAGUGGACACUCCCGGGCGAAGCGGUUUGCGGGGUCCUCCAGCCCGGUCUCCCGGCAAAAGAGAAGCUUCCGCAUCCGCAAGAGGCCCUCCAUCCACAACAAGGAGGACGUCCACAACACCGAACUCCCCUUCCAUCCCCAGCGGAUGCCCCAGCGGAGCUCCCUCAAGGGAUCCCGGAGCAGCCAGAGCGGUGCAAACAUGGCGGCUGCUGCUGCCGCCGCAGCCGCGGCCGUUGCCAGCGAUUCCGACAGCGAGCUGGACGAGGAAGAUCUCGCGGCCGUGCUCAGGGCCGCGGGCCAGAUGCAAGAAGCGGCCAAGGCCGACAACGGAGCCGACGAGAUCAACGUCAUCGAGGUCCAGCUGCCCGGCCGGAGGGGCUCGAUCAAGCGCCAGCGAUCCCUGCGGUUCAACGAGGAGGUCAACGUCCGGAACGUGGUUCCCGCCAAGCUCCUCUCGAAGGACCCCGAGAAACUCUGGUUCCAGGACGAGGAAUACCAAAGCAUCAAACGGAAAACCCGUGCCCUCCUCUCCAGGGUCGACUCCAACGGCAUCGUGGACGGCAAGAGGUACUGCACCCGGGGCCUGGAGCGGUACAUGGUGAACCAAGCCGAGCGGGACGGCAUGAAGUACGGCGCCUGGGACUCGGUCUUGCUCGAGCAGCGGCUCCAGCGCAAGGAGGGAAUAUUUUGCGACGAGUCGAUCGCAAAGCUCUACAGCUACAUUGCCUCGAAAUCCGUACAGGACGCCACCCAACAAGCCUUUAUCGACGCCAACGAGGUGGCAUCCUUUUACGAGCAGGACGAAACCAUGGAAGAGGCCGAGAACACAAAAGAUACCAAGCCGAGGCUACCCACGAGGCUCCGAUCGUUCCGCCGGGCUACUGUGGCGUGAAACGCAACCAACCGUGUGCGGUUGCACCGACACUGCACCACCCGAUUUUAAAUACAACCAUAGAAUUCAACAAUUUUCAAACCGCAAACGAAGCUUGCCGCAAAAGCUAUUGCUGUGAAGUAUUUUAGUCAAAGCAUAAAAAGAAUAAUACUAG